CGCCUGUGUGAGAGAGACUCUAAAUGCCGACGACGAUGUCAAUGCCUUCGGGAGAAGUAAACAACCACUCGCCGGUGGUGCCGGUGGCAUCACCCGCACAACCAUCACCGCCGCCGUCGUUUAUCGACGCAAGCGAAGACGAAGCCUGGGUUUGGACACAGAUCAAAGCAGAAGCUCGCAGAGACGCUGAGUCGGAACCCGCACUCGCCAGCUACCUCUACUCCACAAUCCUUUCUCACUCUUCCCUUGGACGCUCUCUCUCCUUCCACCUGGGUAACAAACUCUCCUCCUCUACCCUCCUCUCCACCCUUCUCUACGACCUCUUCCUCAACUCCUUCACAACUGAUCCCGCCCUUCGUGCCGCCACCGUUGCCGACCUCCGUGCCGCCCGUUUUCGCGACCCUGCCUGCGUCUCCUUCUCUCACUGCCUCCUCAACUACAAGGGCUUCCUCGCAUGCCAGGCCCAGCGCGUAGCUUACAAGCUUUGGAACCAGUCUCGCCGACCCCUUGCCCUCGCUCUCCAUUCUCGUAUCGCCGACGUCUUCGCCGUUGACAUUCACCCCGCCGCCAAGAUCGGGAAGGGGGUUCUGCUUGAUCACGCUACUGGGGUUGUUAUCGGAGAAACUGCGGUGAUUGGGAAUAAUGUGUCCAUCUUGCAUCAUGUAACGCUGGGUGGGACUGGAAAGGUUGGAGGGGAUCGGCAUCCCAAGAUUGGUGAUGGGGUUCUGAUAGGUGCUGGAGCGACGAUUUUGGGGAAUGUAAAGAUCGGAGAAGGAGCGAAAAUUGGGGCGGGAGCGGUGGUUCUGAUCGAUGUUCCACCGAGGACUACCGCUGUGGGGAAUCCGGCCAGGCUUGUGGGAGGGAAGGAGAAGCCUUCGAGGCUCGAAGACAUUCCUGGGGAGUCCAUGGAUCAUACUUCCUUUAUCUCCGAGUGGUCUGAUUACAUUAUCUAAUCAACCAAAUUCCAA